AUGGUAAAAAUGAACAUACCGGAGGAAAUUUUGAAAUGGGAUUUGAGUGCCAGAAAAAGAUUUGUUGAGAGUCUCCGCCAUGGAAGAGUAGAAAUGUUCCGUGCACGAGGUAUGAUUGUAGGAUGCGCAGGCGCAGGUAAAACAACUCUUCUUAGAAAGCUUCAAAGGAAAUACACAGAAGAAAAUAAAGCUACAGAGACAACUGUCGGUCUUGAGGUUCAUGAAGAUUUGUUUGAAAUUAAAGAUGAUACCUUAUAUGAUUACAGCAAUGAUAAUGAGGAAAAUACCCAUAUCGCAAGAUUUAUACGGCACAAUACAGAGGAAGAAAAAAUGGUUAUCAAAGGCAUUCAUCUUCACAGUAGCCGUGGUAGAAAGCUUAUCAGUAUGACAGACUUUGCCGGACAAGUAGCUUAUUACGCAUGUCACCAGGUUUACUUGUCAAGAAGAGCGUUUUAUAUCGUGGUCAUUGACAUGUCUAAGGGUCUGGAUGAAGAAGUUAGGAAGUACCACACUGAUCGCCAUAAUCCAGACGGGUCCUUGUUCCAUUCCUGGAAAUACAAAGACUAUUUUCAUUUCUGGUUGCAAUCCAUACAAACAUACUGUGAUGAUGGAAAAAGCGACACAAACCAUGAAAACACUAAAGUGAAAGGCAGCAUUCAUCCUGUUAUCCUGGUUGCUUCUCAUGCAGACAAAGUGAAGGAAGAAGGUUUGCAGAAAAUGUUCUACGAGGAGCUGGAAAGUUCCUUAUCUGAUGAACAAUCUUUGAAACAUCUCAUAUCUCCAAAGAAAUAUAUUGAAGUUGAAUGUCCACCAAAGGCAUUGGAACCUAAACAACUGGAGAUAAUCGAAUGCCUCAGGAAAUGUAUAGUAGAAACUGUAGAAAAAUUGCCACAGUGGGGAGAGGAAAUUCCAUUGAAAUGGGCAAACCUUGAGAAAGUCCUCCUUAGAAAGAAGCAAAGGAAAACGAGGGUUACUUUGAAGCAAGAACUUAAAGAAAUAAAAGAUGCAGAUUUACCUAGAGAUAAAGAUCUUGAAGAUGGUCUUCAGUUUUUACAUGAAAUAGGUCAGAUCGUUUAUUUUUCUGAGAAGGAAUUGGAAAAAGUGAUAAUUGUUGAUGUUCAGUGGUUUGUUGAUGCCUUCAAAUUCAUCAUAACAGAUGAAAACCAUCUAGCUAGAAUAGUCAGCAAAAAUAUAUGGACUAACACAGGAAGAAUUACUGACUUUGAACUGACAGACAUAUGGGAAUAUACUGGAGACAGCUCUUAUAUUCAACAUAAAGAUGAUAUUUUGCCAUACAUGGACAAACUUGGUUUAAUGACGAAAAUUCAGGAUGAUCUAAGCUGUCAAACAUAUUACAUCCCGAGCAUGAACAGAACUGAACUUACUGAUAACUGUAAAGAUGCAAUCAACAAAGGACAAAAAACAUCGAUUAUGGUGUUCCAUUUCAAAACAUACUUGCCGCAUUUUUUCUUCUUUAGACUGGUAGUAAACUGCUUUAGGGUAUGGAAAGCACUCGAUAUGGAGUUUUUUUGUAAAAAUGCAGCAUUUUACAUGGUAAAAGAUGCUAGCCAUUGCAUUGCCAUCGCUGUUAACAAAACAUCCAUCCAGUUGCAGGUUUUUACUGCAGAUAAGGACAUGGAUUUGCAGUCUGAGUGCGUCAUACAGAUAAGAGAUACCGUGGAAAGUCUAAUUAACGAAAUAACUCAAACUUUUCAUAGACACAUUGAAUAUGAGAGAGGGUUUUCUUGUACAGAUAUAAACAUUACAGAUGAAGAUGAUGAGUAUUUUUUGAGAGAAAGUCAAAUUGUAGGAGUAAAAACAAUUACUGGGAAAGAAAAAAGACCGUGUCCUAAACAUGUUCUCCGAAAUCCGCAUGAUAUUAACAAAUAUAAAAUGAUGCAAUUCUGGUUCUAACAAGUUGCUGCUCCCUUU